AUGGGAAAAAGAAAAAAAAAUAACCAAAAUGAUAACAAUACUAAAAUUGAAAAUUUUAUAACAAAGAUUAAUAAUAGUAAUGAAUGUACAAAUACUGAUAAUAAUGAUAAAAAUAAAAAUAAUAGUAAUAUUAAUAAUAAUAAUAAUAAUAAAAACGAUAAUGAAAUUAAAGAAGGAAAAGAAUCAAUUGGAAAUUGGUGGAAAGAAAGAUGUAAUGAACAAGUUUUAUCAUUUAAAAAAGAAUAUUCAGGAACAGAAAUGGGAAGUAAAAUAUUUGAAGGUAUAAAAGUUUAUUUCGAUGGUCUUAGUGGUGAGGUUUCAACUCUUCAUCUAAAGAAAUUAAUAUUUUUAAAUGGUGGCACAACAUCACAUUGGUUCUCACCUACAGAAGUAACUCACAUCGUUGGUACUCAUAUGUCUUUAAAUAAAUUUGAAACUGUAAAAAGAAUGGGUGUUAACACAUCUCGUAUUAGAAAUGGUAAAAUUAUACAUUAUGUAUCAUCUGAUUGGAUUUUAGAUUCUUGUAGAUUAUUAAAACUUCAAAAUGAAUCAAAAUAUAAACUAUUUAAUGAAUCUGCGAGCUUACAUGGUUCAAAAGAUAUUAGAUCAUUUUUUAAUGAUAAAGAAGAAGAACAAGAACAAAAAGAAGAACAAGAACAAGAAGAAGAAAAUGAAAUAGAAAAUAAAGAAAUUAAAAAUAAAAAAAAUAAUGAUUAUAAUGAUAUUAUUGAAACUGAUGAAUAUUCUUUGUUUUCCAAAAUUAAGAAAAGUAAGGCUAUGGAUGAUGAAGAAUUGGAAAAAAUAUUAAUAAACCCAAAUCAUUCAUGUACAGAUUAUUUAUCAAAUUUUGGAAAUUCAACAUUAGAAACUUUUACUACUUCUACUAUUUCAAAUUUUGAAAAGGACAGAAAAAAGUAUAUUGAUAAAAAUGAAAAUGCUUCAAUAAAAGAUUUUGUCAUAGAAAGAGCUCAAUCAAAGAAACUUUGA